AAGAGAGAGAGAGAGAGAAACAGAGAGACAGGCAAUGGAAGAGAGGGUGGUGCUGUAGCUCUAGCAGACGGAUACGGAUAAGGCAGUGCAUCUCACUGGAUAUCAAAUAGCAUCUUUUCUUUCACAUAUGAUCCCAUCUAAAGGACAUCUAGAUCAGAGCAUCACAGGCUUUUGCUUGUUUUAUUUGAGAAACGGAGGAUUUGCCUCCUGGCAACCAGCAGUGGAGAUGCUCUUGUAAUUGGAUUCAGCUGGAACGGCUUCAGACCACAAGGAGAUCUGCUUAGGUGUCUCGGUAACACAGCCUGACAAGAGUGCAUAGAGAAGAGUUUCUGUGAAACGUGUCGCACGCAGAUCCUCGCAAUGGGCGAUAAGGGCACAAGGACUUUAGAAGGCGUGAAGCUGAGAUCAGCUGACAGAAGAGCUGCUUCACCUGUAGCCUGGGUGUUCAAGAAAGCAAGUCCGAAUGGAAAGUUAACUGUGUACCUUGGUAAGAGGGAUUUUGUUGACCAUGUGGACCUUGUAGAGCCUGUUGAUGGUGUGGUUUUAAUUGAUCCAGAGUACUUAAAGGAGAGAAAAGUUUUUGUGACACUGACAUGUGCCUUUCGCUAUGGGCGCGAGGACUUGGAUGUUCUCGGGUUGACAUUUCGCAAAGACCUCUUUGUGGCCAACAUUCAAGCAUUUCCUCCGGUGCCUGAUGAUAAAAAGAGCUUAACACGUCUUCAAGAGCGACUGAUAAAGAAACUUGGAGAGCAUGCCUAUCCCUUUACCUUUGAGAUUCCGCCGAAUUUACCCUGUUCUGUAACAUUACAGCCAGGACCAGAAGAUACAGGGAAGGCUUGCGGAGUCGACUUUGAAGUCAAAGCUUUCUGUGCAGAAAAUGUUGAAGAAAAAAUUCACAAAAGGAAUUCAGUACGUCUUGUCAUCAGAAAAGUGCAGUAUGCUCCAGAGAAGCCAGGCCCACAGCCAAUGGCUGAGACCACGAGACAGUUUCUCAUGUCAGACAAACCUUUACACUUGGAAGCCUCUCUUGACAAAGAGAUAUACUAUCAUGGUGAACCUAUCAGUGUCAACGUCCACGUGACAAACAACACAAACAAGACUGUAAAAAAAAUGAAGAUUUCAGUGCGUCAAUAUGCGGAUAUUUGCCUCUUCAACACUGCCCAGUACAAGUGCCCCGUGGCGACAGAGGAAUCAGAUGAUAUUGUGGCUCCCAGUGCUACAUUUUGUAAAGUAUACACUCUUACCCCAUUCCUGGCCAACAACCGAGAAAAACGUGGCUUGGCUUUGGAUGGCAAACUCAAACAUGAAGACACAAAUUUAGCCUCGAGCACAUUGUUGAGAGAAGGAGCCAAUAAGGAAAUUCUGGGCAUAAUUGUGUCUUAUAAAGUUAAAGUGAAGCUGGUGGUGUCUCGCGGAGGGCUGCUGGGAGAUCUUGCCUCAAGUGACGUUGCUGUUGAACUCCCCUUUACAUUAAUGCAUCCCAAACCUUUGGAGGAAUCAAUCUACAGAGAUGCUCCAGGAAAUGAUGCCCCCAUUGACACAAACCUCAUUGAAUUUGACACAAAUGAUGAUGACAUCAUCUUUGAGGAUUUUGCUCGACAACGGCUGAUCGGGGCGAAAGACGACAAAGACGAAGAUGACGAGGGUGCAGAUUCGCCCAAGCUGAAUGACAGAUAGAUGAAACACAGAGCGUUUCCUGUGUCAUGAGAUACGAGAGACCCUUUUUAAAUAACCUGGGUUAAAGUGGGACACCCUUUAACACACGCACACACACAAACACAGUGGUGCCGUUGUUGUGUACUUGUUCACAUUCGUCUCUUCCAUCCUGCAAGGGUGUAAAAUAAAACUUAAGUGUAGAAAAAUGUCACGUGGAAGUGAUUAGAAGGUGAGGUUUUAGUUGAAAGGGCCACCACUGAGUGCCUCUGAUACGUGCGGUUGUGGCGAAGGCAGUUCAUCAUAGCUAAAGCAAACGUCAGUGCUAGCAUGCCUUUGUUGUUGCUUUGUUUUAUAGAUUCUUCCUUUAAUUAGGACAAAGAAGUAACUGAAACCAUAUAUUUAAUGUAUGAAAUUUCUUUGACUGUAAGAAGAACUGGAUUAAGUAUUUUUAUUGUAAAAGCUGCCAAAUGUAUUAAUCUUUAUUAUUCAUAUCUCACUGAGUGUUUAGCACCAUUGAGGUGAAAAUGUGCUAUCUUACAGAUGUAUUUCUCAGAUUGAUUUAGUCAGGUUAAAUCAUAUUUUUGACAAAAAGGGUUCAUUUGAAUAUUAAGCACACAGUUGGGUUACCUGAAAUUUUUUAUGUACAAGGUAACAGUUUUUUAAACUGUCAUAUCAAAAAUAAGCUGUUUGCUUUAAUUUGCCUAUGUGUUAAUACUAGAACUGAUCUCUAGACAUCUUCCCAGCGUAUGAUUUUUUAUAUACAGCGCCAAAAAUCUUCAAAAAUCAUACUGAUAACAGGACUCACAAUUCGAUAACCAUUUAUGGCACUUAUUUUUUUCUGUGUACAAUCUUUAAUCAUUUAUAAAAAUGGGUUUCUAUGAAAUCAUAUAGUGUAAUUUUUAAUCAUACCUAUAUAUCUUUAAGGGUCUAUAUAUUGCUAUAGGAUAUUUUUACAUAAUUAAAGCUUCUCAACCGAGCACAUUCCAGUCAUCUCUAUAUUCCGAACGAAGUAAAUGUGUGUAUAGUGGAUGUCCUCUAUGGACAAUCAAAUACUUGUCUGAUCUCUUUCCGGUAAAUCUCUUAAGCAAGAGACAACCACACAAAUCAGAUUACAGGUUAUUGGAAAUGUAUACCCGUUUUAACAUUACAAAGGUGAUCUGCUUUCUAUAUGAAUGAGGCCUUGACUUACUGCAUGAAACAUCAAUCAUUUGUAUGUUUUGCGAAUGAAAUAUUUCUUAAGAAAGAAUGAAGGAAAGAUGGAGAAAAGGAAAAGAAAACACAAAAAUUGACGGACCAAUCAAUUCAAUCGUUAUAAUUUUCAUUUCAAUUAAUAAAUUUAAUAAAUGAUUAAAGAAUAGAUGAAUAAACAUUGGUUAUUUGCAAGAAAAAUGUUAUUGAUAUUAGAAUGGCAUUGAUGAAUUUUAAAUGACAAUAUAUUAAAUAUACAUUGUUGUUUACAGUAUAUAACAAAGUCUUUGUCUCUUUUUUAUGAUAUAUGUAUUUGUAUAUAUUGAAUAAACAUUAGAUGUGUCAGUACGCAUUCAUUUAAAAUUUUUAACAGUUUUUUGAAUUGUUAUUUUUUUCCUUUUGAAAAUAGUUCACUUUUUAAUGACCAGACUAAAUU